GACAUUGUGUCACCUUAUACUAAACUGCAGGUAUCUAAUUAUCAGUAACAGCUGCGCACUCCCGCACCCAGGAAGGCUAGCGCAGGUUAGCUAAACGCUCAAGGUUCCAUUACGCUUCGGAUCAAGGCUUUCGAAUGCGGUGCGCUCUCAGCCGCCUGUCCUUGGGCACAGGAACGCAGCUGCGACUUCAGCAGCGGCUUCUGGGCGCUUCCGUUAACGCAAGCGCCUCGAUUGAUACCAACCACAUCGCACCGCAAGCUCAGCGCCUAGGCCACCUUCUUGACAAUAUCUGCAACAACCAACGAUCGGAUUUUAGCCUUCGCUCAAUGGCUACUAGCAGCACUGAAGGCGCUGGCGCCGUACGAGCUCUCAUGUACGACACUCCAGGCGAACCUCUGGACGCCCUGUCGCUACGGGAGCUGCCUCCUGCGGCACCAUGCGGACCUGAGGAGGUGCAGCUGCGCUUCCUGAUGGUCCCUAUCAACCCCUCCGACGUCAACACCGUGCAGGGCAAGUACCCCAUCAUGCCGCAGCUGCCGGGCGGGGUGCCGGGACACGAGGGCGUGGCGGAGGUGGUGGCGGUUGGGCCGCAGGUCCGCUCCCUGUCCCCGGGUGACUGGGUUGUGCCGCUGCGCCCCGCCCAGGGCACCUGGCGCAGCGGGGGCACCUUUGCUGCUGCGGACUGGCAUCGGGUGCCGCGGGAGAUCGGGGUGGAGGCGGCGGCAACCAUUGUGAUCAACCCCCCCAGUGCCCUGGGCAUGCUGGAGAACUUCCUGGACCUGCAGCCGGGGGAGACGGUGGCGCAGAACGGGGCCACCAGCGCAGUGGGGGAGGCGGUCAUCCAGAUCGCUCGCGCCAAGGGCCUCAAGACCAUCAACAUUAUCCGCGAGAGGCCCGACAUGGCUACCACUGUGUCGCGGCUGACCUCCCUGGGUGCGGACCUGGUGACCACGGAGCAGCGACUCAAGGAGGACCUCAAGGCCUCUGGGCUGCCCGCUCCCCGGCUGGGCCUGAAUUGCGUGGGCGGCACCGCGGCGAAUGCAGUGACUCGCAUACUCAAGGAGUGCGGCACGCUGGUGACGUACGGCGGCAUGUCCAUGCAACCCGUCACCGCGCCCACCGCCUCCAUGAUCUUCAAAGACAUCUCCUUCCGGGGAUUCUGGCUGUCAGGGAGGUGGUCUGUGGAGCAGGGACCCACGGGUCGCGCCGCUGUGUUGGACCGCAUCUCGCAGCUCUACUUGCAGGGGGCGCUGCAGCCGCCUGUCGUACAGUCCUUCCCACUGGGGGGCUGGCGGGAUGCGUUUGCGGCGGUGGGGGCGGCACACCGGGGGCGCAAGGUGGUGUUUGACAUGCGGAGGGAGGAGUAGUUGACGUUGUGAUGUGGGUAGUGAUGCGGGAGACGUAGGAAUGGGAGGUGUAGGAAUGGUGGGAGUCAAGAAGGGAAGUUAGGCGGGUGUGGGGAGUGGGGUGGAGCUUAGCAUGCUGCGAUGUAUGGGUUAGUAGGGGGUCUGACAUUUGGGCGUGUGGGAUGGUGCCGCAUGGACGUUCGAUAUUGCUUCGUGAGGUCGUGAUAUGCCGAGGCGGCGGUUAGUCAAAUCACUGGCUGGCCCGCUCGCGUUGCACCUUCAACAAGGUAAAGUAAGGGUGCUCAAGUAUAUGUGGAGUUAAGUAUGGUGUUAGGAGUCAAGUAUGAUGUCAAAGUAUGUAUGCUCAAGGACUAUACUGAUGUGUGCGGUAAUACGAACUUACAUCCGCUUCCCAUGGUCCCCAUGCGCCCUUCAAGCAUGCACGCCUCCCACAACCCACAGCCGCUCCACUGUUCCAGGGUUCCUGCAUCCACCCAUCCAUCCAUCAAAAGAUUGAGGGUUGAGAGCCACGUGCGCACAUG